CAAACCUCACCGGCCACCGCAAUUUCCAACUCAUUCCACCCCUUCCUUCCUACUCCCCCUUUAUAAAUACUUUAAUCCAUUCCUUGGGAAUUUCACUCCAACACAAACUCAACUUUCUAAUCUCUUAAACAAUUUUACAAAUUACAAUUCGUGUUUCUCUCUCAAAUCUCACAAAUGGCAUUCUCUAAAACCCAAAUUUUCUUCAUCCUUUCUCUUUUGGUAGCCACUUGUAUGGCCCAAGCCCCAUCACCUACACCCGUCGCAACUCCCGCACCUGCGGCUGCUCCUACGGCCACCAAUCCUUCCCCCGUUGCGCCACCCACCGUCUCUCCAACUCCCACCCCCGUCGCUACACCAACCGUUUCCCCAACUCCCGCUCCAGUCGCUACACCAACUGAAUCCCCUGUCGAACCACCAACCGUCACUGCUCCAACUCCCUCUGUCCCGACUGUCCCUUCCACCGAGGGUCCCGCAUCCGCUGCAGGCCCUGUUUCAGGCCCUACUGCUGGACCUGCCGCUGACAAUAACCCAUCAAACGCUGCUGGUAGAUCUGUUUUUGCUGGUGCCGUUUUAUUCGGUGGCUACGUUGCUGCUUUGAUGAUUUAAAUUUAAUUUUUAUUUUUUUCAUUUUGUCAUUUUUCUUCAUUUUUUUGUUUAAAUUUGGCGGUUUUUUUGGUUUUUUUUUUUUCUUAAUUUAAUUAAAUUUGAAAGUUUACUGAUAAUGGUUUUGAGCUGAUAGUGGAUGUAUAUUUGUUAUUCAUGGAUUCUGUAUGGUGCUGAAUACUGAUGUAGAAAUUCUUUUGUAACGAAUCCCAUGUACAUGGACUUCUAAUAAGUUUCAUCAUUUUUUUUUCAAUAUUUUUUUUUU